UGCUGAUUUGCUCGAACAUAAGAAUUCUAGAUCGAGGCAUCCAUCCGCGGAUCUGAAAGCACAUUACCGAGCAGAGUGAAUUUAGCUAUGCAGUCACUGUGAGGAAGAUGAUGUGGCAGUAAAGAUCCCUGCUUAUGCCUGGGUGAACUCUGGUCCGGAGCAGAAGCCUGACCUCUGAUACCUGUUCCACCAUGAACCUGUUUCAUCCUCUGUGGAGUGCUGCAGCAGCUGUUCUUGUCAAUGCCCAGCAAACUCCCACGACUCCUGAGCUCUUCCUGGGAACUUGGAAACUCGUCUCCAGUGAAAACUUUGAGGAAUACAUGAAAGAACUGGGAGUGGGUUUUGCUACUAGGAAGCUUGGCAGCCUGGCCAAGCCUAGUGUGGUGAUCAGCACCAAUGAUGACAUAAUAACCAUCAAGACAGAGAGCACCUUUAAAAACACAGAGAUCUCCUUCAAGCUGGGGGAAGAGUUUGAGGAAACCACAGCAGAUGACAGGAAAACCAAGAGCAUUGUCACCUUGGAAGAAGGCUCACUAACUCAGGUGCAGAAGUGGGAUGGUAAAGAGACCACAAUAAAGAGAAAACUAGCAGAUGGGAAGAUGAUUGUGGAAUACACCAUGAACAACAUCACUUGCACUAGAGUCUAUGAGAGAGCAUGAGUAAACUCCAUGUCCAAGAGCACAUUUAACUUGGUCUGAGAAUGAGUUCAGGUCAAGGAAACUAAAGUAGAAGUGUAGUAGUUUUGUUGCCUGAAGAAAAUGCCUAAUGGUUGCAGAAUCCUAAUUCCAAACACUAAUGUAACCGGAAAUGUUAAUGUGGCUGCUCAAUAAAAUCUUCCAAAAUAACAUUUGGUCAGA